AUGGAAUGUCUCUACUGUGUCCUAGGAUUUCUGUUUCUGGCUUCUAGACUGCCACUUGAUGCAGCCAAACGAUUUCAUGAUGUGCUGGGCAAUGAAAGGUAUCCUGGUUAUAUGAGGAAACACAACCAAUUAAAUGGCUGGUCUUCCGAUGAAAAUGACUGGAACGAAAAGCUGUAUCCCGUGUGGAAGAAGGGAGAUGCAAGGUGGAAAAAUUCCUGGAAAGGAGGCCGUGUGCAGGCGGUCCUGACCAGUGACUCACCGGCACUGGUGGGCUCAAACAUAACCUUUGCAGUGAACCUGGUAUUCCCCAGAUGCCAAAAGGAAGAUGCCAACGGCAACAUCGUCUACGAGAAGAACUGCAGAAAUGAUUCUGGCUUGUCUCUUGACCCGUAUGUUUACAACUGGACGUCCUGGUCAGAGGACAGUGACUGGGGGAAUGGCCCUGGCCAAAGCCAGCACAAUGUGUUCCCUGACGGGAAGCCUUUCCCUCACCACCAUGGAUGGAAGAAAUGGAAUUUUGUCUACAUCUUUCACACACAGGGUCAGUAUUUCCAGAAGUUGGGACGAUGCUCCGUGAGAGUUUCUAUAAACACAACCAACAUGACGCUUGGCUCCCAUGUCAUGGAAGUGACUGUCUAUAGAAGACACGGCCGGGCGUACAUGCCCAUUGCACAGGUUAAAGAUGUGUACGUGGUAACAGAUGAGAUUCCUGUAUUUGUGACCAUGUCCCAGAAGAAUGAUCGAAAUUCAUCUGAUGAAACCUUCCUCAGAGACCUCCCCAUCAAGUUUGAUGUCCUGAUUCACGAUCCCAGCCACUUCCUCAAUGAAUCUGCCAUUGACUACAAGUGGAACUUUGGGGAUAACACUGGCUUGUUUGUUUCCAACAAUCACACUUUGAAUCACACGUAUGUGCUCAAUGGAACCUUCAACCUGAACCUCACAGUGCACGCGGCCGUGCCCGGACCUUGCCCUCCACCUUCACCCAGACCUCCAAAACCAACCUCCUUAUUAGCAAAUGUUUUAAAAUCUUAUUAUUCAAACACUCCAGUGCCUGCUGGUGACAACUCCCUGGAGAUGAGCGAGACUCCCAAUGGAAACUGCCAGAUUAACAGAUACGGCCACUUUAGAGCCACCCUCACCAUUGUAGAGGGAAUCCUAGAGGUUAACAUCAUCCAAAUAGCAGAUGCCCCGAUGCCCAGACCAAAACCUGACAACUCCCUGAUGGACUUUGUUGUGACCUGCAAAGGGACCAUCCCUACCGAGGUCUGUACUGUCAUUUCUGACCCCACCUGCCAAAUUGCCCAGAACAUAAUCUGUAGCCCCGUGGAUGCAGAGGAAACCUGCCUGUUGACUGUGAGAAGAGCCUUCAGUGGGUCCGGGACAUACUGUGUAAACUUCACUCUGGGUGAUGACACAAGUCUGGCCCUCACAAGCACCUUAAUCUCCAUCCCUGGCAAAGACCCAGCCUCCCAUUUAGGAACAGCGAGUGGUGUCCUGAUCUCUGUUGGCUGCCUGACCCUAUUUGUUACUGUGGUCGCCAUCUUGGUGUACAAAAAACAUAAGGAAUACAAGCCAAUAGAAAAUCGUCCUGGGAACGUGGUCAAAGGCAGAGGCCUGCAUGGUUUCCUCCACCACACAAAGGCGGGCUUUUUCCGGGGAAACCAGGAGAAGGAUCCACUUCUCAAGAACCAACCAGGAACCCUUUAGAUCUUCAGCCUAAUUUCUGACUGAGAGCCCACCUCAGUGCCAUCUAUGUAAGCUUCAUG